AUGGGUCAUCUAAAGUUAGCCUUCCUUGUUGCUCUAGCUCUGCCUCUUCACGUUCUCUGCGUUCCCGCGGCAACUACGAGUGAGCAAGUCGAGGUGAAAUGCAUUUCUGACUAUCGUCAACACUGCAAAGGAAAACCGAAUGGACUAACUUUUAAUGAUGGCUGUCGGGAGUGCAAAUGUGAGAAGGGGGCUGUUUUGUGUCGAAAAGGUGGCUGCACUUCAUUCGCUAAAUCAGAAGAUGAUGUCUUUGACUACUGUGACUCUAUUAAUAAAAAGAGAUCUUAA